AUGGCCCUCUCUCUCCCGCAUCCCGACACGUACAGUGCAUAUGCGUUCAUGGAACGUGGUGGUGAUUUGCAGAAGAUAAUUGUCAAGUGGAGGGAUCCUAAUCCAGGCGAAAUAGUUGUCAAAGUCCUCGCAUGCGGAAUAUGUGCAACUGAUGGAAUUCUUCAUACAACAGCGCUCCCCGUGCCUAUCCAGUUUCCGCGAGUCCCUGGCCACGAGAUUGUGGGGGAUGUCGUUGCUGUUUCUGCUACUGAAACCAAAUGGCAGCUUGGGCAGCGCGUCGGAGCGGGUUGGCAUGGAGGACAUUGUCACACCUGUCCCCGCUGCGUUAUUGGAGAGUAUUUCACUUGUAGUCAAGUGGACAUCAACGGAAUCCUGAGAGAUGGAGGCUACGCCGAAUACAUCGUUUUGCGAUCUGAAGCCAUGGUUGCAGUGCCUCGUGACUUGGAGCCGACCGAGGUCGCUCCUCUCAUGUGUGCCGGAAUGACUUGCUUCAACUCCCUCAGAAAUAUGGAUGCACAAGUCCUAGAAUAUGUAGCUAUUCAAGGAGUGGGCGGUGUCGGCCACCUCGGAAUACAAAUCGCGAAGGCUAUGGGUUUCCGUGUCAUUGCAAUCUCUUCUAGCGGCGACAAGGAAGCAGUAGCGCGCGAGCUCGGAGCGCAUGAAUACAUUGACUGCUCCAAAGUUGACCCUGUGCAAGCACUGCAAGCAUUGGGCGGAGCAAAGGUCAUAAUGUGCACGGUACCAGAUAUACACGCGGCCAUGAAGCUCCUACCCGGUCUUGCAGUUGACGGCACACUGCUCCCGCUCACACUUGAAACCGAGCCCAUUGUCAUCCCACCUAUUGCUUUACAUCCGAGUCGUUAUGCUAUCAAAGGUUGGGGUGCCGGAGUGGCGAAGGAUAUUGAGGUGUGCUUAACUUUCGCUCAGGCUCAGAACAUAAGGGCGAUAGUGGAGACAUUCCCACUUGACAGAGCGCAGGAAGCUUACAAUCGUCUCACCACUGCGAAGUUUCGUGCUGUAAUUGUUCCCAACCUCUGA